AUGUUGGAACUUACAGUUGGCUUGGGUAACAUAAUCGUAUUAAUUAUCUUGUACACAGCUGGCCUAUUUCCCAUUCGCUGGACGGCACCUGAAGCUACCGGCUGCAAUUACUUCGCCGACUCCUCCGCCGACGUUUGGUCGUUUGGCGUCCUAAUGUACGAAGUCCUCACCUAUGGCGGCCUGCCCUAUGCCGAGAUACCUGAAGAUGAAAUACUGGCGUAUCUGAAGAAUGGUAACCGACUGCCGAACCCAUGCAAACCAGAGUGGAGCCAAAGCGGGGCUCUGUACGGCGUGAUGCUGCGUUGCUGGGCUGCCGAGCCGAAGGAGCGACCUACCUUUAAGGCGCUUAAACAGGAGCAACUUUUUUCCAACUGA